GCACCGAUGUGUUAUGGGAUUACUGUGCUUAAGGAUCCCAUUCCCUUUCCAACAAAGUCGUAUCCCUGAAGCGUUGUUGUGAAUAUUAAGUAGUUGAUUUGAAUGGGUGCGGGACAGAUUUCAGUGUUGGACAGGAAACAGAUGCUAUUGUUUGAGAGCGGCUUAGUGGGUGGGCUGGUGAAGGAGGAGGAGGUACUUGCUUUUGGUGAAUAACGGUCGUUCUUUUUCUAGUUUAUUCCUUCGAAGAACCGCAGCUGACUGUCGUAUUAAAUGUAAUAACUGUGAUUUGUACAGAAGUGGCGUUGCAUUUUUGAAUGUGAAGAUUGUAAAGUUGUAGAUCAGUACUGUUUGCAUCUAUAUUCUCCAGUGUUGCAAAAGAACACAUGCCAAGUAAAUGUCACUUUCCCUCUGGGCUGUCGGUAUUACCAAGCUUACCUGUAUAUCCCGAGCACGAGAGAAGUUGAAGGCUGAUUAUCUACAUGCAUGAAGCCAUUUGGACAUUCUUGCAAACAAGCAACUGUGCUGUCAGAGGUGGAAACUGGACCUUGCACAACAGAUUUGUUCAUAAGCUGUAGCCUGAAGAGACUGGAAUCUGCAUGAAGCAGAGCUGAAACGUUUUUUGACUUGUAAUAGUGAUAUUGCUGCUACCAGGAGUAGUGGACUGCUGCUGGUAAAUAUAAGAGAAAAUAUUGAUCAACUAAUACAGAAUAUUAAUAUCAGGAGUAUGUCAGCCAAGACCAAGGUUUGACUAUACAGGAAAUUAUCUCUGCUGUCUUACCUUAACAGUAGUCACUUUAGUGAUCAUGCUUUACAUACAGGUUUGCAUUUUAUUUAUAAUUUUACUGGUGUAACCAUUUCAAUGUCUUUUUCUUAUAUUUAGUUUUCAUUAAAUAUGGAAUCUUUGAAACAUGCUGCAUAUCACUUAAACCAGUUAAGUCUAAAUAAAAAAAUGGGAGGACAGCAGAGUUCUUGAGUAAUGAAUGUUAAUAAAUCAAAACAACUUCAUAACACUGAACACAGAGUUGUAUUAACUUCGUCCUCUGUAGGGAAAAUGGGAGAUGGUCAUGUAAGGGGCCAGAUUAAAAACGUAGUGCGGCAAGGCCUGGUAGCAAAUAAAGCUGCUACUUCACCUGUUACACUAAAGGAGAAAUUUACCAGUGAGAACAAGCAAUCUGCCCUGAUGAACACUUCAGAGUUAAAAACCAAUGGGCCUGUCCCCAAAACUGUUGACCUAGGAAGGCUUCAGGGGCCUCAGCACCUAAGGCCAGAGGAUAGAACUGUUAGAACUGAGGCGAAUUUCUUGGAAGAUUUUGACAUGUUUAUAAACCCUUAUAUCAAAAGUCUCAAACUGGACCCAACUUCAGAUCGAGAUCCAGCACUGCAUUGGAGGGAUGCUGUGGGAAACAAAGAAGAUGGCAGAGGCCUUCCAAAUGAACGUUUAAGGGACUGUAACUUAAAGGACAUAUGGGGGGAAAUAGUGGCAUUAAAAAAAGCUAUGUCUCAGAACAAUUUCCUACUGAGGGAAAUCUUGUUGUUUUUAAAGGGUCAAAAGGUGCAUGGGAUUGAUAGAAAGUCGGAACAGUGUGUAGGACAAGACAGCUUUACAGAACAGUUUUCUGAUGUAGACACUCCAACUAAUGGAAGUCCUCAAAAAGAUGCAGUAAAAUUGAUAACGGAAGCAGUGGUCAGAGAACAGGGGGAGUUUUAUAAUGUAGACCAAGAGACAAAAAAAUCAAAGACAAAAAAGGAUAGAGACCUGGAGAAGUCUAGAUUAGAGCAAAAACAAAAUGGAUCAGUCCAAGUAGACUGGGGAGAUGAUGCAGAAAAACUAAAAACAGAGUAUGACAUUAUAAUGGACAAAAAUCAGUUAAGUGAUAGGUUUAGUAGUGAUGGGAGCCAGGAAGAGGGUGAUUUUUGUCCAGAUGAAGGAAGUAACAGGCUUCCUACCCUGUAUAUCGCAGGUAUUCCCAAGCCCAGAGUUGAAAGUGCCUACCUUCUCAAAGUCACAGUAUACAAUGUCUUAAAGUCACUCUUGCAUGAAAAAAUAAAAUGGUCUGAUAUUAUGUCGUCAUAUAGAUAUCGGGUUACUCCAGCAAGAGGAAAAAUUUGUGUUGUAGUGAAAAACAGCAGUCUUAGGAACAUCAUCCUUGAAAAGGGGGGUCUUCUAGUAGACUGUGGUGUAAGGAUAAGUGAUUCACUUGCUUCAUUUCAACAGGGGGAACAAAAUGAAGAGGAACAAGAACCCAAAAGCUGUUCCAAGCAGAAGCCCAUAAAUCAGCAAAGAAUAACUAAAUGUUUAGUCCAAAAUGGGGAAAUUACUCAUGUGGAAGAAUAUAGACCUUCAUCAGGGAGUGGAAGAGGGAAGAGAAACCGGAAUAAGCGAGUUAAUAACACCUUUGAAAAAAAAUCUGAAACUAGUUAUCGCAGUGACCUUGUUAUGUCAACAAGAGUUGAGCUAAGUUCUACUUACACCACAUAGCACAGAGAAAAUGCCCACAAUUAAAUGUGCCUAAAAUGUAGUAUACUGGAGUACAGCAUGCUUUAGUAACAAAACUGAAAUGUGCAGUUUUCUUUCAUAUAGAAUAUUUUUAACACAAGUUUGUUGCCAGAGAACUGGUUAAAAUAUGAUGAGGCAUGUACUGUAAACUAGUAUGACACUGGGGAGUAAAAGGCAAAAAGUGAGGUAACUGUGAUGGACAACAAUGAGAAAGUAAGACUGCUGGUACAGUCCAAACGAAUUGCAGCAGAUUAUGGUGUGACAAAAGGAAGACAGAAAAGGGCAGGGAAUAAUGCAGAGGAAGAAAGGAUGAAAAAUAUGGUCAGUUGAAUGUGUAGGAGGGAGCACAGAAGAUUUGGACACUGAAUUAUAGCAGCAGUGGUCAGCGAGCGAAGAGGAAGGAAUGUUGUAGUUUUGUAUGAGGAACUGAAGCAAAUGUUUAAUACUGAGCUGUAUUAAAACUAUUAAGUUUGUUCUGCAUGUUAUCCUCUCCAUGCCAGAUAGUUUUAAUGAGCAGGAAAUGAACAUUUUCUAUUGGUGUUUUGACUAAACAAAGGCAGUAUUAUUAUUGUUAAUAUAUUUGGUAUAACAUGUUGCCAAAUGUCAAAACUGGGCUGCACUUUUGCAGACUUCUUUUUACUCAAGAUAAUUGUGUCCCAAUUAAAAUAAAUAUAUUGCAUGUUUAAGAGAACUGGA